CUCAGCUCAUCCACAUCUUUGUUUCUGCAUCACCAUGCAUAGUUUCCUACCAUUCCCGGUCUCUGCGCCGGCAUCGCUUGAGAGUUGAGACACGAACAUGAACCCCUUCCGGCCGACGGAAUCAGUCCUUCAUCCUGGCUCAUCUCAGUCUUAGCUGCCACACGGACUGACCCACACCUUCCUGUCUCAACCUCGAAUGCCGCGCCGGACCGUAACGGUUGUGAUGAGAUGAUCCAGCGUGUCCACCGCGGGCCAGGAUACCGUUCAGUCAGUGACAGCUUGGUCUCUCCAGCCUAUAGCAUCCCGAAUCGGCCGUGGUCUCGGAGGUCGGGUGGAGCAGCAGACGCUGGCCUGGCGCCGUUGAUGCUCGGUCUCUGCCUCGACGGUCGCCAGACGAGGUUUAGUUUGAUGAGUGGAGAGCCUGCAGGCAAAUCUCUUUUCGUGGUUUUGAUUUUUUAUUUUUUAUUCUUUUUCUUUUUCUCGACAUGGAAAGUAAAACUUUUUUUGGGUCUCGGUUCCUGCCAACUUUUUUCGCCGCGUCGAGUCUCCAUACCACCAUGGCAGACCUACCUCCGAACAGUCUCCAUAUCCGGCCGAACAUGUCUCCUGCUGGUCUCUACAAACUACGGAGCCUGGCCGGUGCACCGGGGUGAUUGGUGUACAUAUACAAACCCCAAUCCCCUAACCUUUCCCCCCUGGAUAUUAGUAGUCAAGUUUCGCCUCCGAAGGAUUUUUCUUCACUAGAGUCUUCUCAAUUUUUCUUCUUAAGCGAUUCCCCUCUGGUUCGGGCAGCUACGCACACGACACGCAUUCUCUUUAUGGCAGCACC